AGUUCUAAAUUAUUUGUCAGCUUCCCCGUUCGCGCUUUUUCGUUUACUUAAUUUCCUCAAACGUUGGUAGUAUUAGUGUGUGGUUGGAAGAGGGUUCCAAAUUAAUAAAUAAAAAAGAAAAAAGUGCGCCCGCAAUGGUUAAUAACCUAAUUUCCCUAUGAUGUGCAUAAAUUGCUGUACAUAUAUAAGUGCAUUUAUUUAUGGGAACAGAGGCACAAAAUAUGCAGGUCGUCGUCGCGUCGUCAUUGCUUAACCGGCUCCUCGUACGCUGUUGCUACGUGUUGCCCCAAAAAAGCGGAAACAAGCAAUUCGAGGGUCUGGUUUUCUUGAUGCUUAAAUGAAAUAUAAUGGAAUACACGCUCUAUGCGCCUAUAGUUGUGCUAAGAAUAUCAGCAGAAAACUGAAGGAACACCAAGACAACUGCAAGCAUGAGUACGACAAAUGAGCAGUCGAGCUUCGACAGCGCCCAGGGCGAUGCACAGCCAAAUGCCUCAAGCGGCACAUCACAAAAACAACAACAGCAGCAGCAGCAGCAACAACGAGAACAACAGCAGCAACAGGAACAACCACAGCAGACAACACAAAAUGCACCGGCAAAGCUGCUGCAGCAUUUCCAAACAAAUCGCAUCGACUCGGCGCUUUGGGCGCUACGCCUCCUCGUCAUCUUCUUUACCAUCAGCUAUGUGUUGCCCAUAUUAAUAUCACAGCAGAGCGCCUUUAGCAAGGUGCUGCUGGCGAAUGCGGCAAUUUCGGCGCUGCGUUUGCAUCAGCGCGUGCCUGCGUUCUCGUUUAGUCGCGAAUUUCUGGCGCGUCUGUUUGCCGAAGACUCCUGUCAUUAUAUGAUGUACUCGCUGAUGUUCUUUAGCAUUCGGCCAACGUUGCUGGUACUCAUCCCAAUCGUGCUCUACUCCGUGCUGCAUGCGUCCAGCUACUCGCUCAAGCUGUUGGAUCUGAUUGGUCAGAACUCUUGGUGGGGCGCACGUUUCAUAAUUUCGAUUGUGGAGUUCCAGGCGGCUAACAUACUGAAGGCCACCGCCUUCUGCGAGAUCUUUAUUAUGCCCUACACAAUUGUGUUGACCUUUAUGGCUCACGCUGGUCUGAUGACGCCCAUCAUCUACUAUCACUAUCUGGUCAUGAGGUACAGCUCGCGUCGCAAUCCCUAUCCGCGUAACGCAUUUGCCGAGCUGGGCCUGGCCUUUGAGCUGCUGGCUGCCCGCUCCCCGCCCGUCAUUGCCAAGAUCAUUCGUGGUGGCAUUGGAUUUGUGAAGCGUUUCGCUCCACAGCCGCAGCCGGCGCCAGCGCAGUAAACGAAAUCAAUCAGCACACACACAAUUUACAGAAAGAUCAACAGUCAAGUGACUAGCAACCAGCAGCAACAUCUUAAGCUAAAUAAGUCCUUUUAAAACACAAUCACACACAAGAUAUACACCAACACACACGCAAAUCAGAGUUUUGGGGUCCACACAUUUUAAUUGUUUACAAACAAUUCGUGACGUACGCUUGUUUAUCAUAAAAUUAAUUGGUUUAUGCUAUAACUAAAAAUGCACCUUUCUUUUAUGUGUACUUUC